AUGAAGACCCUCUUUCGAAUAACUAUAGGGCUGCUGCUAGCGGUGUUGCCCGGUGGACUAGCCCAAGACUCAGCAACAUCGUCCGCAGUGGCGCUGAUAGCCACAUUACCAUCGUGUGCUCGCGACUGCCUGUUCACGCGAGUUUCGGAGUCGUCUUGUGCCAUUACGAACACGACAUGCGUUUGCACAAACGCUCCGCUCCAGCAGAACCUGACCCUCUGUGUCCUUGAGAACUGCACGCUCAAGGAAGCUUUGUUCGCCAAGAAUGUCACGCAAACGAUAUGCCACGCCCCGGUCCGGAGCGAGCAGCGUGUGUCCUACGUCUUGACGGUAACUUUCGGCGUGGUUUCUGCGGCCGCGAUUCUUGCCCGCUUUGGCUUCAAGAUAUUUGUAACAAAGGUCUCGCCGAGUCUCGAUGACUGGUUCAUCCUCAUCACUCUACUCUCCGGCAUUCCAAGCACAGUUAUCAACACCGAGAAGGUCAUACCCAGCGGACUGGGAAAAGAUAUCUGGACCCUCACCCCCGCCCAGAUUACCGAUUUUGGAAUGUACUUCUAUGUUAUGAUGGCCCUCUACUUCUUACAGGUCACACUGCUGAAGAUGUCGCUGCUGUUCUUCUAUGUCAGGAUCUUCCCCGACAGGAUGAUUAAGCGGCUCAUUUGGGGAACUGUGGCAUUCAACGCAUGCUUCGGUCUCUUCUUUGUCCUCAUCUCCAUCUUUCAGUGCCAGCCCAUCAGCUUCUACUGGACGAAAUGGGAUGGUGAACACGAGGGGAAGUGCCUUAGCAUCAAUGGCAUCGCUUGGUCAAACGCCGCCGUCAGCAUUGCGCUAGAUAUCUGGAUGCUUGGAAUUCCGCUUUCACAGCUCCGGACGCUCCACAUGCAUUGGAAGAAGAAGAUCGGUGUUGCCCUCAUGUUCAUCGUCGGGGCCUUCGUUACGGUCGUCAGUAUUCUCCGGCUACAGUCCCUGGUCAUCUUUGCCGACACGCAAAAUCCCACGUGGGACUACUUCGGCGUCAACAACUGGUCGGUCGUCGAGAUCAACGUCGGCAUUAUCUGCACCUGCAUGCCCGCCCUGCGACUCAUCCUCGUACGCAUCUUUCCUGCUCUUGGUGGCACGACAAACGCGAGCAACCGAUAUUACCAGUCGGGCAGCAUUACUGCGACCAAGUCCAAGGGGCGACGAAGUCGAGCGGGAACAGGGGGCCAGAUGCCACCCACUGACUUCCACCGAGGAGAGCCUAAGAAAGGAGGCAUCUACCAGCAGAAGACAUACAAGGUCCAGUACGACGAUAACGACGAGCAGAGUCUUGUUCACAUGCAAGACCUUGACUUCAAGAGGGGCAAAUCAAUCAGCACAAGUGAGGUCUCUGUGUAA